AUAUAUAAAAGCGAAGAAGAAAAAUUUCUGCUGACUAUUGUGCAUGGUGCAUCAAGUUAAGCACGAUGAUUAAACUAUUCUUCAUUACUUUACUUUGCGUGACGCUGGUGUUCGCCGAGUCGCCGCAAGAAAACUUUCGAAAUGUACGAGCACUGGACAAACCAAUGACAGGAUUACAUGCGAAAUUAGUACGACGAUCGGCACAAGGGGGAGGAGCAGGAGGGCAAGCAGGAAUGGGAGGAGGAUUUGAACUUGGUGCGAAAGCCGGAGCAGGAUUAGGAUUUGGAGGGGAAGCAGGAGGAGGAGUAGAAGGGGGAGCAGAAGCUGGAUUUGGAUUUGGCAUGAACGGCGGAGCAGAAAUUAUGGGGGAAGCAGAAGGGCAAAUAGGAGGGGGAUUUGGAGAAGAAGCAGAAAAGCGAGCAGAAUGGGCAGUAGGAUGGACAGCAAGAUGGGGAACAGAAAGAGGAACAGGAUUGGGAACAGGAGGGGGAGCAGGAUGGGGAGCAGGAUGGGGAGCAGGAGAGCAAAUAGGAGGGGAAAUUGGUGGAAGUAUGGGAGGAGGAGCACAAAGGAGGCCGCAAAUAAUGAUCAUGAGAAUCAUAAGGAUCAUCGUACAAAUGAAUUUUAUGCUCUUUAGGUUUCUGGAUAGAUAUGGAUAUUGAAGCCUAUCAUUAUAAGAUAGAUAAAAAUGAUUUAGAUUUCACUCCGCACUUUGACGUCUUUAUUAGAUUGUUUUGCACACUCAAGAACCCCGAUGGUUUUAAAAUAAAACUUAGCACUCUGCAAAAUACUUAUUC